CUCACUCUACACGUCGUGUCAGUGUCGUCUGCUGUUUUCAAAAACAGCUCCACCGGUUUACAAUAUGUUUCUGUGAUUGUGUUGGUUGUGCUUUUUUGUUUUUAGAUCUAGAUCUAGUCGUCAUAGUAUCUGUUUUAGAAUCUGUAACUAAAUUAGAUCAAGAUUCUAGAAUAGAUAGAUCUACUAAGACUAAGAAAGAGAAAUUGUGUCGAAUUUGUAAAUUUAAAGAAAAAUGAUCAUGAAGGCAAUAAAGAAAACAGAUUUCUUACUGCUGCAACUGAUGGUAAUUUUGUGCCACGUACUCUUGUUAAAUGGCGAGAGAAUAUUGGGAGAAGAAAAUGCAGAGUUUGAUUUCGAUGGCCUCCCUGGAGCUCAUCAUGAGUUUAAAGUAUACAUACCAGGAAGUACAGAGGACUGUUUCUUUCAACCAGUGGCGAAGGGGGCUAAAAUGCACGUAAACUUUGAGGUCCUGAAAGGAGGGUCUGAUAACAAAGUUGAUUUUUACAUCAGAGAUUGGGAAUGGAGAGUUAUACAUCAUAUUUCCUACCAAAGUAAUGGAGUCUACAGUCUGGAUGAUGCACCAGCUGGUACUUAUGCUAUCUGUAUUGACAAUGCCUUCAAUAGAUUUGGCCAUAAGCUUGUAUACGUCUUCAUCGUGACCUUUGUUAUGCAAGAGUGGGUUCAGUUCCAGCAAGAACUAGGGGAGGUGAACAUAUUAACUGCCAACUUUUCUACCUCUCUACAAAGUGUACAAGAAUCAGUUUCAGCCGUGACUGAGUUUCAAUCUUCUGCCAGGUUCAAUGUAAUAAGAGAUUACUACUUAUUAAAUGACAUCAACAAAUAUGUUCAGAUGUGGUCUGUGGCCCAGUGUGUGCUCAUUGUUGUAGCAUCUCUUACACAGGUUUUUUCAUUGCGUCGCUUAUUUAAAACCUCUGCGGUGACGCCCACAACUUCCAAGCCCAGAGCCUAACAGACUAAAUGACAGAAUGAAAUAAGACUAAGUUUCUUUCACUGACUCUAGACUAAUACUCAUCCCAAUCAAAACAUUUGUGUACUUUGAUAGUUAAGCUUAUCACAAACAUAGAUGAAUCUUAUGAUAAAAGUAGAAUAGAGUAAAUUCCCUAAUAUAUAUAUAUAUAUAUUUAUGGAUAACACAAAUUUGCCUAAAACAUCCAUGGUGAAAUCAAACCUAAAAAUAUUUCUAUUAAAUCUUACCCACUAUAAUGCAGCCUACUUGUUUGUAUACUGCUUCAACUUACAGCAAAAAUGUUUGACAAGAAUUUUGUUUUGUUGGUCUUAUCUAGAGAACUAGAACCUUACAGUUUGUUGAUCCUAUACUUGUUGUAUAUAGCAAAUCCUAAUGAGAUAAUACAUCAAAUUUUGAAAAUUAUGUGUUUUUUUAGUAUUUGUCUAUGAAGAAAGAUUUGUUUUUGAAAUAAUUAUUUUAUUAAAAGUUCAUUUAUUGUUAUUUAAAUAUAUUUUUUCAGAUUAUAAUCUACUAUAACUAUUUUUCACCUAAAGAUCUGGCAUACAACACAGAGUACAAAAUUAAAUAAGUGAAUUUCAUUGUAGUUGGUAAUUGGUGAAGGGGUUAGUCAGGACAUAAUGAAGAAUUACCAACUUGAUAUUAAUCUAUGAAAUGCCUGUACCAAUUUCACUAAAUUGACAUUUUCUUUAGGUUUAAACAUAACAGAACUAGACACUUUUUUUUGUGGCUUAAUAUGCUAAGAUUAUUUAUUUAAUUCAGUUCAGUGUUGCCUGCCUGGUCAUGUGGUAUGCGUGGGACUGUUUCAUACCCUGCCCGCUGCCAUCUCCGUUUUUCUAAGGGAGGUUUGGUCUAGAAUGUACAUUCUCUUCAACUCUCAAGUAACAUCCAAAACAUGUCAAACAAUUUACAUUUGUGAAUGUUGACAGUUCCCUUUCACCCACUAAUAGCAUUUUAAUUGCUCCAUUAGAUUGGGGGGGG